ACGUUUCUGCUCUUCUUUCCCGUCCCCCUGCAGCCGAACAAGGAAGCCCAUAGCCCCGACGCCUCUCCUCUUGAGAAAACCGAAUCCCGAAUCUGCUCUGCUCCUUCCUUCCUCACCGCCGGCUGCUCUUGAUUGUGGGUGUGACUUUCUCUAAUUUCUGAUUGCGUGAUUUUUCUCCUGCACUUGCCGCCAGCCUUCCCCCAAACUGCAGUCCGGUUUUUGCUGGGAAAAUUCUGGUUUCUGAUCGUUCUGUCAGUUUGGCACUGAGAUCGAUUAUUUGGUUUUAUGUGAGUGAGGUAAGUAAAUUUAUGAUAAUAUCCGUACAGUUUUUAAAAGCAUGUUUUAACUUAUUUUUGAAGUAGUGGUGGGACUAAACCCGUUUUAUACAAAAGUAAGUAUGACUGAUUUGAAGUGAAAUUUUUAUGCUUUUCAUUAAAUUGAGCAUGCUUACUUGAAAUUUAAUUGAUUAUCCUGAUGAUCUGAAAGUGAUUGUUGAAUUAUGAUUUUUUUGUUAACUUCAGCCUGUUUUGUCUCCGAUAUGGUCAUGUUAUUCGUGUACCCACUAGUGGGAGGUUUAUAAAUGCUAGCACAUGUUGACAUGUUACUGAUAGAACCGGUUCGUUUAUGUUAUCCUGCUAGUGGGAUUAUACACUAGUAAAUCAUGUGCCUGCCAGUGGGAGGUUUAUAACACUGGCAUGACCUAUAGAGGAAACGUCUAUUUCGUUUCCAUACCCGUAUCUGUUUUUUGUGAGUACAUAUGUUGGCAUGCUGAAGCGAAGUCAAGGACGGGGAAACCAUGGAAAGUGACGAUUUCUUUUUUUUUGGUUUCCCGCCCGGUAUCCGGGGCGAAGCCCCGACUAAUCCGGACUCGACCCGCGUCGCGCACCUGGAAAUGGUGGGUGAAUCUCCCAGCGGGGGCUGCUGCAUACACAAAAUCUCGAACUCGAGACCUGCUUAAGCUGAAACAAGCCGCUUACCACUUGAUCCAACCCCUCGUUGGUGUUUAAUUUAGUAUAUGAAUCAACACUUUUAUCACUUUAACCGACUCCAAUCUCAUAAUUUCAGUAAUAACCAAUGUAUUAUUCCAUUGGCAGGAUUACAGAAUGAACCGGUCCUAUCGGUAUAUAUGUCGACAUGUGCUAGCGUUUGUAAACUCCCACUAAUGGGCGUCAGUAAUCUGUAAUCAUGACUAUAUUAGAGACAAAACUAUGUAGGAUUUACAGAAAAAAUCCGUAAUUCACAAUCAAUCUCAAAUUUCAAGAAUAAAUCGGAAAAUUUUCCAUGUGGGCAUGGAUUUAACAGGAAAAUCAUCAUUUACAAAAAUUCUCAAAUCAUCUGGGCAGUUAAGUUAACUCCAAGUAGGCAUGCUCAACUCAAUGAAAAUGAUAAUAAUUCCAUUUCAAACCAUUCAUGUUCGGUGCUAAUAAAAUCAAUUUAAACCU